UGCUUUACAAUGGCGUUUAGUCCAUAUCAGUAUAUCAGUGUAGACAAGUAGGGAAACAAAAAUAGUGAGAGGCACACCAGUAGACCAGACAGCCUGAUAAGCUCUACUUUAUUUUCAACAUGGCAAAGAAAGCUUCUAGCAGAUUGGAAUGGAGGAUAAAUGUGCCUGAUGGGACAUCGAAGGUGUUAGAGCCUGAAUCUGGAGCAGUAGGCAAAAUAUGGGUAGGAUUAAAAGGUUGUAUGGGAAUAAUAGUUUUGAAAGUUUGGAGGGUUUUGGAGAAUGCAUGGCAUAUAGGAGUUGCAGACCCUAGAAAGGUAAUCCAUUGUAUCAAAGUGGGACUGGCACUGUCUAUUGUAUCACUUUUUUACUACAUGAGGCCUUUAUAUGAUGAUUUUGGAGGGAAUGCUAUGUGGGCAGUAAUGACGGUGGUGGUUGUUUUCGAAUACACUGUGGGCGCCACAUUUUAUAAAUGCAUUAACCGAGUUAUAGCAACUUUUCUAGCGGGUGCACUUGGUGUUGGUAUUCACCUGGUGGCUGAACAGUCAGGAGAUCAAUUGAAACCCAUAAUUCUUGGGAUCUCGGUUUUUCUCUUCGCUUCAGCAGCAACUUUCUCAAGGUUUAUCCCAUCGGUUAAAGCCCGUUUUGAUUAUGGUGCUAUGAUCUUCAUCCUCACCUUCAGCUUGGUCUCAGUUUCUGGCUACCGAGUGGUGGAGUUGUUUGAGUUGGCUCAUCAGAGGUUAUCCACAAUUGCCAUUGGAACUUCCUUGUGCAUCCUUGUAACCAUGUUGUUCUGUCCCGUCUGGGCCGGCUGUGAGCUUCACCAUCUAAUUCAUCAAAACAUGGAAAAGCUUGCUGAUUCCUUAGAUGGAUGUGUGACUGAAUACUUCAAAGAGAAUGGAAGUGAGAAGGAUUUAAACAAGAAGAUGCAAGGCUAUAAAUGUGUGCUUAAUUCCAAGGCAGCCGAAGAAUCUAUGGCCAAUUUCGCUAGAUGGGAACCAACACAUGGUCGGUUCAACUUUAGACAUCCUUGGAAACAAUACCUCAAAAUCGGGGCUUCAUUGCGCAACUGUGCCUACUGCAUCGAGACUCUAAAUAGUUGCAUCAGCUCAGAAAUUCAGGCACCUCCAUGUUUAAGGAAACAUUUCAGUAAUAAGUGCAUGAAAGCAAGCUCCUACUCCAUCAAUGUCUUGAAGGAACUGGUAAUAACAAUCGUGAAGAUGAAAAAGUCGUCCAACAUAGAUGUCAAAGUUGCAGAGAUGAACUUUGCAGUAGAAGAACUUGUGGGUGCAUUGAAAUCUUUGCCGACGACCCACUUUAUUGCAACAACAACAGGAGAGGAAUCAACCAAAGCCAAAGCGGAGGGGGUUGAAGGCAGUGAACAUCCUAGUCCAAUCAUGAAGGUCCUUCCACUAGUGAAGGUGGUUUCAAUGAUGGUGGAAAUUGCAACAAGAAUAGGGGGAGUUGUUAAUGCAGUAGAAGAGCUGGCGAGACUUGCAGAAUUCAAGGCUGCAAAGGAUGGGAAACCCAAGCAAAACCAACCUACGGACAAACUUGUUGCAGAUCAUUGAAAUAGUUAAACCAUCUAAACGACCAAACCUUGAAGUUUGAGUUGGAUUGUAAUUUGAAAAAACUCGUGUCAAAAAAAUUAGUAAAAUUUAUUAGAAAGUAAGAAUUAUUAAUCAAAUAAUAAUAGUGCAGCUAAAGUAGACACUGAAAAAUAAAGUGUAAAUAGUGAAUUUUUGGUGAGGAUUAAAUUGAAUUUUAGCAAAAA